AAUCCCCUUUGGAUGGAAUAAAUAAAGCUGUGCAUGUCCUGUGAGCGGGGCCGUCCACAGCGCUUUGAGUGGGUGCAAAUUUGGGGAGCCGGAGGUGUCGCCGUAAGGCGGGUAGAGUACGGGCUGUAGGCUCAAAGGAAUAGAGGAAGCCUUAAAAAAGUUUCUUUGCGGAGCGGGGCUCUGUGUAAGAUGUGACUGGGCACCGGCAAUACUGAGCCGAGGCGGGGGUAAGAGAAGAGGACGUGAGGUGAGGUGAGGUGAGGGGAAGAGAAAGAGCGUAAAGAAGUGUUGGAAGAUAUGAAGGAUGGUGCAAAUCGUUCAAUGUAAGAUGAGCUUUUUGAAGUCUUUCCUUAAAGGGUGGAGCUGUAAAAAGUUUUUUGGAGAUGAAAAAGAUUUUGGGAGGAGACAAAGGAAAGAAAAAGAAUUAUUGAUUUUAAAGACUGGAGAAAAAUUCACCACAAGCGAAAGAAGUAAAAGACAGAGCAGGAAAAGGGAGACUGUUUGAACCCUCCUAGUUUUUAUGGAGAUCAGCGUGGAUUUGGCCUUUGUGCUGUGACGUGGAGUCAGAAAGCAGCAAGGAGGACAAGUGGCACCCCCCCCCCCUUCCACAGCGGCGAGUUUUGGAACUGUGACUGCAGUGCAGAUAUAAGGAGGAGGGCUACAGCUAAAGGAAGAGACAGGAGCGAGGAAGGUGCUGCGUCCGGCGCAGUGACCCGGGGGACAGAGUGGUGAGGCUGGGACGUGAGGUGCAUUGGUGCCGGGCUGGGCAGGGAAGAGGCUACAGGGCAUCCGACUAGCAUCAAAGCUGAGAUCUGGCCCGGAGCGCCGUCCAUCACCUGUGCGACGAGAUGGCAGAGCAUAAAGUCAGCCUUGUGGCUAAGCUGAUCAAUGGGGGCGUGGCAGGACUGGUGGGCGUCACCUGUGUUUUCCCCAUCGACCUCGCCAAGACCCGUCUCCAGAACCAGCAGGGGCCAAAGGUCUACAGUGGAUUGCUGGACUGCUUGACUAAGACUAUCAGAGCAGAAGGCUACUUUGGGAUUUACAGAGGGGCGGCCGUUAACCUCACCCUCGUUACGCCGGAGAAGGCCAUCAAACUGGCGGCCAACGACGUCUUCAGGCAGAAGCUCUCCAAGGACGGGAAUUUGCCCCUGUGGGCGGAGAUUUUGGCUGGCUGUGGAGCAGGGACCUGUCAGGUGGUGGUGACCACACCCAUGGAGAUGCUGAAGAUCCAGCUUCAGGAUGCUGGCAGGCUUGCGGCUCAGAAGGCAGUCCCCACAACUGCGGGUCCCGCUGCCCCCUCCGUGGCAACGGCUCAGCCCCCCCCACCUCGCCCUUCAGCCACCAAUAUUGCCCUGGAUCUCCUGAGGACCCGGGGGUUGACUGGGUUAUACCGGGGGGCAGGAGCCACGCUGCUGAGAGACGUGCCCUUCUCCAUGAUCUACUUCCCACUGUUUGCCAACUUGAACUCCCUGGGCCGGCGGAAGCAAGGUUGCCAUGGAGAUAUGCAGGAGCGGGCCCCCUUCUUACAGUCCUUUGUCGCCGGCUGCAUAGCCGGUUCGGUGGCCGCAGUGGCCGUUACUCCUCUUGACGUGAUUAAGACAAGGCUGCAGACCCUGAAGAAGGGUGUUGGGGAGGACUCCUACCAGGGCCUCACAGACUGCACACGGCGCAUCUGGAACCGGGAGGGCCCGUCUGCAUUCCUGAAGGGGGCGACGUGCCGUGCAUUGGUGAUCGCACCACUCUUCGGCAUCGCACAAGGCAUCUAUUUCCUGGGGGUGGGAGAGCGGGUGCUGGGGCUGCUGCCGUAGCGACUUAAAGCUGUUCUGCAGCACAGCGUAAGGCAGCAAAGAAGGAUCAGGGCGUAGGGGGAAGAGAGGAGCUUAAUCUGCUAACAGUAUAACUAUCUUUGGAGUGCAGAGGAGGAACGCUAACUUUUGCUCCAGCACGCUAAUGCUACGCUUAUGUAUUCAUAAAUGCUGCUAAUGGUAGUGAUGGGUGAAGUGAGGCUUUGCGACCUGCAGUGGGCGGGUUUAUUACUGAUUUAUAACCAAUAAGAAGAGAGCAAAGUCUGUCGGCAAAUGAGCUUGCAUGACAACCCCACCAAUCAUAGCUUUCGAAGCCUCACUCUUCUCAUGAGUGGCUAAUUUUGCUCUGCAAAGUAGCAGGUCUCUGUUGGGACCGUGAGGCCGAAAGUGUCAAAUACCGGCCUUGGAGGCUGCUUGGGUCCCCAACUACUGACUGCCCCAGUUUAGUGCUCUAUAAUUUCCAUAUUUCAUGCCAAAAUAUCUGGUAAAACAUCCGUAAUUACCCAAGUGCACUAAAUGUAAUGUGCGUUAACUGAUUAGAAAUCAAUAAGGAUCUAUGAAGUUAUGUAUGUAUACAUUUUAUCAUCUAUAUUGUGCAUUUAUGCAUUGUCUGCAGCUGGCCUACUGCGCUGAGGUUAAUCAGUUAAACUGGCAGUUUCACACCCACACGCACAAAUGAAAUCAUGCUGACAAACUCACGUUGGCAUCCAGUAUCUUUGCUUGGAAAAGCAAUAAAGCAUUUGUCAGGGUUCAGGAUGGGAGUUUGACCACAGGAAUUAUGGGUAAUGUGUGCUAAAAAUGUAUUAGUGAAUUAAAAUUCAAUGAACUGAUUACUGGAUUAGACGGUUAUGUGAAAAAAUUGCUAUGUUUACAGACGUGUAUAAAUCAAAUAAAGUCUACAGUACUGUAACACAAAA